UCUCUGGGUAGUGUUGUCUUUGACGGCCGUGUAGUUCAGACCAGUCGGUGGCACGAAGCUGGCCAAAGCUGUUGUGUGUGUUGGACUGUGUGUGUGCGCGGGCGCGGGUGUGUGCGUGGUGUAUUGUGCAGGGAUCCCGGCCGACUCCUCCUAUCCUUCUAGCACCUCCUCCCGGACCACCCUUUCGUGGUUUCUUUCUGUAUCUCCAUCGCUUUCCUUCCCUCCCCUUUGAAGAAAAAAAGAAAAAAAGAAAAAAAUUGCAACUGCGGAUUCUUGCGGAUUGCCGGACUGAAAAAAGAGAGAGUCUCCUUUCUUUUACUGUUGUACUGCUGCCGUUGUUCGUUGUCUCUUCUAUUUGCCGAUUUCUGCUGACCGUUUUAGUCGUCGCCAUUUCGAAUGUGCUCAAUCCAGCAUAGUCUGAGAAGAAGAAGAAGACUCUUUUCCGCUGCCCGAACGACCAGAGACGAGCACACGUCCAGUGUGUUUCGAUUUGGUGUCCCGGAAGAAGGCCCAAAGCUCCUGCGUGCACAACAAAGGAGCCGUUUGGCAAGUUGGGCCGGAUUCGCGGAUCGACCGGUGCCGUGUCACGGAUCGGAACCGAUUCGCCGAUCCAAAGAUUCGUCCAAGUCGACGUCGGUCUAAGACGACAACGAGGACGACGGCCAUCACGACGACGUCGGUCAAUCACCCGCACCCAAUCCGAAACUUUGUUACGACUAGGCAACAGCACCGCCAACCUUUUCUCGUGCAUCACAAGUCAUUUGGCCAAACCAGUCGGACGCCUCACAUUUUUUUGAUCAUCGACGCCAUUAUUCGCGAUUGUUGAAGUGUUGCGUGUUUUUUUUUUUUUUUUUGUUUUUGUUUUUGUUAUCGUCCAUCCAUCGGUUUGAGGCGCCGCAGACCCCCUUCCAUUUAUUGAUUCGCACACGGAACCAACAGGGGACCAAUUCACCCAACCCAACCCCCCCUUCCAACCCACUUCCUCUCACCGAAGAAAACAAAAGAAAAGAAAAAAAAAAAACAAAACAAAAACGCCGGAUAAAAAUUGUGUUGGUGAAUUCAAAUUUCGAGGCAAAAGCAGAAUUGUUUCAGCGUCACAGUUGACAACGUAAUCCUCCAGCAAGAACAAGACCAAAUUUUCCUGCCUUUUGUUUGACGUCCAUCUAUCCGUCCCGGCCGGCCGAUCACUCACGCAUUCACCAUGUUCGGUGGUUCCGAUUCCAGUGACGGAGGGGGUGAUUUCGAUAGAGACGCGUAUCAUCAGCAGCAUCAUCAUCGUCAUCAGCGAAGCAGUCGAACUGAUCAACGGCCGACUGCCGGAGGCGGAGGUAGUGGCGGUGGUGGUGGUGGUGGCAAUGUUGGCCGCGAUUACCAUCCUCCGCCGCGUGAGACUCGCCAUUUCCGCAGCGGCGGUGGCGGCGGCGGUAGUGGCGGCGCCGAUAGCGACAUUUCUGGCUUAGGAUCCGAUUUAGCAGGGCCGGGCCAACCAGGUGAGCAAGAACUUGCUUCCAAAAUGCUGCAGAUCCAGUCGAAGAGAUUCUACCUUGACGUCAAACAAAACCGGCGCGGGAGAUUCAUCAAAGUGGCCGAGAUUGGCGCUGAUGGCCGCCGCAGCCAAAUUUUCUUGGCGUUGUCGACGGCCGCCGAAUUCCGUGGCCACCUGUCGUCGUUUAGCGAUUUCUACGCUUCGCUCGGUAGUCCCCCCAAUCCCGAUAACCUGCCCGAGGAUGGCAAACUCAAGUCGGAAAUGAUGACAAAGGACAAUAGACGUUACUAUCUUGACUUGAAAGAGAAUUCACGUGGACGAUUCCUUCGGGUGUCACAAACGAUAGCUAGAGGAGGUCCCCGUUCGCAGAUCGCCAUCCCUGCCCAAGGAAUGAUUGAAUUUCGUGACGCACUCACCGACCUACUCGAGGAAUUUGGCACCGACGAUGGCGGAUUCAAAGGUGAGCUACCUGAAGGCAGACAUUUGCGUGUGGAAAACAAGAACUUUUACUUUGACAUCGGUCAGAACAAUCGAGGCAUCUAUAUGCGCAUUUCGGAGGUCAAGACCAACUACCGUACAGCUGUGACAAUUCCGGAGAAGUCGUGGUCGCGUUUCCGUGACAUUUUCUCCGAUUAUGUGGACAAGAUGAAGGAUGGUGGAAGUAAUGGUGGAGGUGGAGGUAGUAGCGUAGGUGGAGCAGGAGCUACAGCCGUAACGCCAAUUUCGUCUGCUGUUGCUGCCGACAGUUCUCCAGGACCUUCUUCCGUCUCUCACAAGAAAUGAGAACGAAUCGCUGGUUUUCAUUUUUUUUUUUCUCCAUUUAUUACCCUCCCCCCCCAUUCGCUUCACACUUUUAAAUCAUUUUGUGAUCAACUGAAACUAUUCAACAACCAUCUCUUCUGUGAGGAAAGAAGAAAAAAAGAAAGGAAAAGUAAUUAAUCAAUCAGCAGACGCAAAAAGUCUUGUCGAAUCAACUGGAAAAACAAAUGGUCGUGGAUGUCACCUUUUACAAAGGAUGGCUCAUAAUGGAAGAUAGAAAUCCCUUUUCGCUUCGUAGUUUGGAACCUCCAUUCCACGACACAGACCUUGUGUUUUAUUUAUUUUUCUUUUUUUUUUUUUUCAUUUUUUGGUUAAUAUUUUUUCAUUCAAAAUCCUCCAUUUUUUUUUUCCUUUUCCUUCAUCCCCCCUCCCCCAAAAAAAAACAAAAAAACAAAUGCCGCUUGGUAGAUGGGGCAGUGUUUGUGUUAAUCAAAUCUUAAAAAAGAAAAAAAAUUCUCGUGGGCUUGAUAAGUUUGUUGUUGACAGGCAAGAUGAGAGUGCGUGAGUUUCCGUUUCUAUUUUCGUUUAUUUUUAUUUUUUAUUUAUACAUAUUUUUUUUUUGCCUUUAUUAUUUUUUCUUUAUGGGCAGGUCAGGCUUUAUUUUUCCGUUUGUGUUUGUGGGUGCCACUGCGAGUCCGAGUCGAUUAGAGAAUGUGCGAUUAGAGCGAAAGAGAAUGCCGAGAGAAAACUUUGCUGUGAUGUUAUUUGUGCGUCAUUUAAAUAUUGAAAGAUGAGAAAAAGAUGAUCCUGCUAUAUUGUCCUAGACAUUGUCAUGCGGACCUCUCUUUCAAUCGUUUGAUGACGUUCGGCCUAGCUGUUGCCACACCUAGUGUCCCUCUAACCCCCCCUCGCCCCCAGAUCCCCCAUAUGAUUUCACGUCGAGAUAUUUGCAAUCAUCAAAUAUUUAAAAAGAAAAGAAAAAUCAUUUAAAAUGAAAAACAUCCAAUUCUAAAAACGUCCUCUUAAAUUGUCGGUUCCACGUUUGUCCCUUUUUCUUUGAUGCUUUUUUUUCUCAUAUCGAUAGGCAAGUGUUAUUAUUAAAAAAGAAGAAAAAAAAAAAAAUAGGAGAAAACUGAUGGUUGUGCAGCUACGUCUUUUUGUAUUGUGCGAAUAGAUCCACCAUAGAACGAGGAGGAAGCGAAAAGAAAAUCGCGCGAUAUUUUGACCUUAACAUUUUUUUUUUUCUUUUGUCAGAAAUUAUCCCCUCGUGUCAUCAUUCAAAUUAUAUAUCUCAAGCAAUUCAUACAAAUUUUGGAGAAAAACAACAUCCAAUCGACCGUCAAUUUCCUUUUUUUUUUUCAUUUUUUCUUUGUAUUUUCUCUGUGGCGUGUAGAUUGUUUUUAAAAUUUCCAUUCCCAACCGGAAAAAACAAAACAAAAACGGAACAAACCGAAGUUGGCAAGGAACUAGAUGUGUUUUAUCACAUAGAGGAAACCGCAAAGAUAAAUUAACAAGAAACCAAAAAAAGAAUCACAGACCGCUUCUUCUUUCAUAAUUUUGUUCGAUUGGAUCAAAAAACUGAUUACGCCGCCACUCCCACCCCCAACCCCCCAUAUAAACUAUGAUAACUUACUAUUACUACCACUAUAACUAUAAGCUAACCAAGAAUCUAGCAAAAGCGUGUUAGGAAAUCGAUGUAGCAAAUUUAUCUGAAUGUGUGUUUGUUUGAUGUAUAACUCGUUUGAAAACAGACUUGUUUGUUUUCUUUGAUUUGACUAUUUUUUUUUUUCCUGUCACCAUUUAGCCGUAUAAGAGUGAGGUUUGAACCAAAGCGGGGGUUGGAAUUAUAUCCUGGAUUGGUGUAUACACAGCACUACACUGCCAUUUAAUCUUUAAAAGGAAAAAAAAGAGAAAGAAAUGUGUGUCUUGAGCGAAUGAAUGAAUCUGGACGAUUCGAAUCCGAGUCCGUCGCCUGUCUGUCUACCAGGCACGUGGCGGAAUGUUUAUUACCACACCAAAUUCAUCUUUAUGGAAGAAACAACCAGAAAAAGAAAACUAAAUUUCACUCGAUUUGUGGUCUCCUGUCAACGUCACUCUUGCGCAUAUUUGCUGGAUUUUUUUGGAACUUUUUGAUUUCUUUUUCACAUGUGGCUGUAUGUAAAACGUUUGAUUGACUUUUUCCUAGAACAUUUUAUCUGUUUCCUUUUCCAUUUUCGGCUUCCCUUGUUGUACGAUGAUCUGACCCGUCUUGUGAGCGAAUGUCGGUUACGUGAUUCAUCUCCCUGUCAAAAUUUCAAUUCGUUUCCUGUAUUUUCCUAAUCAAUUGAUUUGUUUUUCGUUUCUAUUCUAAACACUUGGCAUCGUCUGGAUAUAAUAUUCAUUCGGUAAAUUUCUGAUAGGCAAUUUGAGAAAUAUUUUUUUUUAAAUUCAUCAUUAUUAAAUUCACCUUCAAAGUAGUAGAUUACGUGUGCGUGCGAGUGCAAGGUGGCAACAAUGUAUAACGCUUUCACACUAAAUUCUAUUUCGUUUUUCUGGCAAUGUUUCCGCAAUCUACUUUUGGCAACUAUCCUUCUGCGAUUGCAUAUUUUUCUUUGUCCAUUUGAGCAGUCUUUCAAACUUAUCACAUAGACAUUUCAAUGAUUGACGAUGCCGUCUGUAACUUCUUCGACUUAGUUCUCCAACACAUACUUUUUAUAAUUUUUGUUUGUUCAGUUUCUCAUUGAAGUGGUUUUUGCAUCAUUGUGUUUAUCCUUUCGAGCUCUUGCACUGUAUGAUUGUCAGUUUGUGUGAUGGAAGAAGGUUGAAAAAACAACAAAAACAACACAUGCUGUCGACAAUAACUCGCUGUUUGAUGGAACCCAUGUUAAAAUGAUGCUUCUGUCUAACCGAGGUAAAGAACGUUAAUCCAAUUUUAUGUUUCGUGUAAAAGAUAUGACAUGUGAUUGAAACAUGUUGGGACAAAAAAGGCA